UCUUUGUUUGUUGUGGAGGCAGACGCAGCGCGGCACUGGAGGAAUCAAUGGACCAGUGGAGAGGGUAUCUGCAGUAGCCCAGCCUGAAUAAAUGGCACAAUUUAACGCAUUUUUUGCUUGUGGUAGCCUUUAAACUUGCAAAACCAGCAGGUGAACUCCCGGACUGAAGGGCAGCGAGCUACAUGUAACGUUAGAUGCUCGUACCGUGAAGCUAACCGCUGCACUGCUGUCAACAUCAACAUGGCUCACUGGAGCACCUUCGAAAAGGAGACAGAAAAGGAAACCAAGAAGUUGAUCAGAUGUAUCAGCAAGGUCGAGGACGAGGAGGACCAGAAUUUCCAGCUGGCGCUAAAGUUUGCUUGGUCAAAUUUCAGGUUUCAUCGUUAUUUGGACGUUGACAGUCAUAAAAUUCAAAGGAGUAUAAGUGGAAUCUACGAGAAGCUAAUGGUCCACUCAGACCUGAGUAAAGCAGGAAGCUGGAUGAGAUUGACUGAAGAGUUCCUGAACUCACCUUUACCAAAUACAGAUGGAGCAAAGACUGAUGCACACUACAGCAUACUAUCACUGCUGCUCUUCUUAUCAGGGUCCCCCUCAAAUACAAACUUUACUGAGAAACCCAGGCUGAAGGAGGCUGAACCAGAGGACAACUUUGACUGGGCUAAAUAUCUGAUGGAAGGCGAGGACAUAGACAUUGGGCCGUACCCAGAUACUCCUGAAUGGUCUGAGGAGGAGAGCGAGGACGAAGACAGUCAGCAGCCAAUCAGCAGGGAGGACUCUGGGAUCCAGUUGGACAGAACCCCUCAGGAGGACCAGGACAACACCAACAAAACAGUUCCAGUCACAUGGACAGUGGGUGAGCCAGACGCCCGGGCCUGGCUUGAACAGCAUGUAGUGACUCCGUAUUGGGUGGCUCACGCUCCUCGUUUCCCUCACAGCUUGCAUUUACACUCCAACUUGCUCAAUGUUUGGGAUCAGCACUUGUACAACACUGAUCCACUGUAUCUGCCUGAAGAGAAGGCCUUUGUUACAGAGACCCAAGUAAUACGGGAGACAUUGUGGCUUCUCUCUGGGGUUAAGAAACACUUUAUAUUCCAACACCAUGAUGGAAAAGUAUCCGUAAGGAACAACGUGGUGGUAACUCAUCUGACCAGUAACUGCCUGCGCUCUGUGCUGGAGCAUAUCGCUGUGUACGGGCAGGCGGUGUUCAGGCUGCAGAGGUUCAUCGACGAGGUGACGGGUUACAGCUCGGAGCCCUGCCCGCCAGGCUCAGGUUCCUCCUACGGCUCCAAGAAGGGCUCUGAGCCUCCCUUCAGGACCUACCAGGCUUUUGUCUGGGCGCUCAACAAGUACUUUACCGGCUUCAAAGAGGAGCUGACCACAAUUGAGAGGGAGCUCAUAUGCAAUGAUGAGACGGUGACUCUGUCUGCAGUUCUGGAGCGACUCAGCCCCCAUUUGGCUCAGAUCAAAGUGCUGCACAAAGUCUUCUGCACAGGAGUGGCUGAAGUCCCUCCUGCCACCCCGAAUGUUGUGCGGGCCUCUCACUUGCUCAACACCCUCUACAAAGCUAUCAUUGAGUAUGACAGCGUUGGGGAAGCGUCAGAACAAGCAGUGGCUCUAUUAUUUUCUCUAUGGACAGAGACGGUCCGACCAUAUUUAGAAAUUGUGGAUGAGUGGAUUGUUCAUGGCCAUCUGUUUGACCCCGCCAAAGAGUUCAUCAUCCAAAGAAACAAAGACGUCCCAGUGAACCACAGGGACUUCUGGUACGCCACCUACACGCUGUACAGUGUGUCAGAGACGGUGGAGAACGAGGAGAAGCUGAACGAUGCGGCCAGCGGCAGCUCCGGAGGGGAUCAAGGCUCCAGCAACAGGCAGCUCACCAUGGUGUCCUUCCUCAAGCCUGUGCUCAAGCAGAUCAUCAUGGCGGGGAAGUCAAUGCAGUUGCUCAAAAAUCUGGACUGUAAGGAUACUGAGCAGUCAGACAGAUCCUCCAGAGAUGCAGAGAGGAAGAGUUUGUACACAUUGUUUCUGGAGUCUGUGCAGUCACGCCUCUGCAGCCAGGAACAAUCCCCAACAGACACUGUGACUGAACAACAGGCCACUAAGAGGAGUCUGGUAAAGAUGCAGUCCAUCAUUGCACAGCACCUGGAGAUCGAUGACGUCCAUGAUCCCUUGUUGGCCAUCAACUUUGCCAGGCUCUACUUGGAGCAGAGCGAUUUCCACGAGCGUUUCUCCGGAGGUGAUUUCAUCGUUGACCGCUCGUCUCAGUCCGUCACAUGUCAGACGUUUGAGCUCACCCUGCGUUCCUGCCUCUACCCCCACAUCGAGAGGCGGUACAUCGAGUGCUGUGGGAACCUGAUGAAGACUCUGAAAAAAGACUACAAGCUGCUGGAAUACCUCCAAGCCAUGAGGAACUACUUCCUGCUAGAAGCCGGUGACACCAUGUACGACUUUUACACAGCAAUCUUUGAUAAAGUGCAGGAGAAGGAGAGCUGGCAGCAGCUGUCAUUUCUCAACGUGCAGCUGCAGGAGGCAGUUGGACAGCGCUACCCAGAGGAUAGUAGCAGGUUGUCAAUCUUUUUGGAGACAAUUGACCCUUCCAGGAAAAAACACCCAGUUAAUAAUCUAGAAGUGCUUACUCUGAGUUACAAGGUUCCCUGGCCUGUUGACAUUGUGAUCAGCUCUGAGUGUCAAAAGAUCUACAAUCAGGUGUUUCUCCUCCUGCUGCAGAUCAAAUGGGCCAAAUACAGUUUGGACACACUUCGAUUCAGUGAUUUCACAGAUGUCACUAAGAAGCUGGAGGGAACCCUUCCUGAGGAAGUGAAGAUCAAAGAGCCAGUAAACCAGCAGAUUCACAGAAUGUGUCUGCUGAGGGUUAAACUGAUGCACUUUGUCAACAGCCUUCACAACUACAUCAUGACCAGAAUUCUGCACAGCACAGGACUGGAGUUUCAGCACCAAGUUCAGGAAGCAAAAGACUUGGACCAGCUGAUCAAGAUCCAUUACAGAUAUCUGGCAACGAUCCACGACCGCUGCCUGCUGAGAGAAAAGGUCAGUUUUGUGAAGGAGGCGAUUAUGAAGGUUCUCAAUCUAGUCCUCAUCUUCUCGGAUCGAUGGCAAGCUGGAUUUGGGGCCUGGAAGAUUGAGUCUAUUGACAAAAUGGAGUCAGAUUUCAAAAACUGUCACAUGUUCCUUGUGACAAUACUCAACAAGGCAGUAUGUCGUGGCUCCUUUCCUCACUUGGAGUCUCUGGCCCUCUCUCUGAUGGCAGGAUUUGAGCAGUGCUGAAGAACCGUCCAUGUUCUGGCAUCAUGGACUGAACUCCACUGUUUGCCUUUCUGUCUGGUCUUUUCUCUGACUGCUGUCGUUGUUGUUGAUGUGUAAAUUCUGAUGUCACUGUCUGCUCCGACUGUUAGAGAUGGACUAGUUUCAGCUGAACACACUGCUUGUGAAAACACAUUCAGCUUCUGUAUUAAAAAAAAUGCAACUUUUUGUAACGCGUCUUUCAUGAACUGUUAUUUUUAAUGUGAAUAAAUAAAGCACAAUAAAUCCA